AUGGCUCUCUUUGAUCGCAAAGGUAGCUCUGGCGACUGCAAAGGCCAAGCCGAGCAAGACGAGGCUGCUGCCGUAUUCAUCUUGGAGAGCGGAGCGACGCUGAAAAACGCCAUCAUCGGCCCUGCUCAAGCUGAGGGCGUACAUUGCCGCGGCCCCUGUACUAUUGAGAACGUCUGGUGGGAAGAUGUGUGUGAGGACGCGGCGACUUUCAAAGGCACUGGACCGAGAUACGUCAAGGGCGGAGGGGCGAAAGAGGCCAGUGAUAAGGUCUUUCAGCAUAACGGUGAAGGAUGGCUGCACAUCGACGGCUUCUAUGCCAACAAAUUCGGCAAGUUCUACCGAUCAUGCGGCAAUUGCAGCCAACAGUUCCAGAGACAUGUCAACAUCACCAAUUUUGUUGGAAUACAAGGAGUAGUCACCAUUGAUCGAGUUUUCUCGCCAUUUGCCAGGGUUCCCGGACCUUACUGGGCCAGUCUUUCUAGAGUAUGGCUUGCGUAUCACUCAUACACUGGCGAUCUUCACAUUGUGACGAUGCGUCUGCAUGAGGUCCAUGGCAAGGUUGUACGCAUUGCGCCAAGCGAAGUGAGCAUCUCAGAUCUCACAUCCAUAAAGAUAAUUUACGGCGCGGGGUCCAAGUUCCGCAAGUCCGACUUUUACAGCGUCUGGCAAGGGAGGCGCAAAUUCGACAUUUUUCCUGAACGAGAUGAUCGGAUUCACUCGGCCCAGCGUCGUCUCAUCAGUAGGCCAUAUGCAAUGACAUCCUUGAAAGAGCUCGAGCCAUACGUGGACAACGCCAUCCAGGUCUUUCUAGCGAAGCUGGGCGAUGUGAUCGGAGAAGUCACAUUCUCGAAGCGAUUCGGUUUCAUGGAGGUCGAAUCUGACGAUGGCUCCUUCGAACAAAUCGAGACUGCGCUACGAUCUGCCGCUUGGAUCGGCCAAGUGCCAUGGCUAUACUGGAUCUUUGACUACUUAUCUCCCGUCAUUGGAACGUGGAUGGGUAUAGCUUCUCGCCAUGGAAGCCUGCGCAAAUUUGCUGCACGCGAGGUCGCCGCCAGACAAGACCGGGGAUCUGACCACCAUGACAUUCUGACAAAGCUACUCGCCGUUCACAAAGAGAAACCCGAAAAGUUUGAUUACUCCGACUUGGUCUCCAUGGCCAAUUCAAACAUCUUUGCUGGAAGCGACACAACCGCAAUUUCGAUUAGGUCAAUCAUCUAUCAUCUUUUAAAGAACCCCGGAGCGAAACGCCGACUCAUUGAGGAAGUCGAUGAGCACUGGAGACAAGGGAAGCUCAGCGAUCCGGUUACUAUUGCAGAAUCUGAGAAGAUGCCUUACCUGCAAGCGGCGAUGUAUGAAGGCUUGCGAGUGCACCCUGCGGUCGGCAUGACUCUUCCUCGUGUAGUGCCCCAAGGUGGCUAUGACAUUGCUGGCUGCCACAUGCCAGCCGGAAUCGUUUCUUCUUCGCCUUUGGAUCCGGAGCUCGAGUGUGCCUUGGUCGAACUUAUCCCAACCCUCUUCCUGCACUUCGAUCUCGAGCUUACUGACCCCGAGGCAAUCUUGGAGGAAAAAUGCUAG